AAAUUUACCUUCUUUUUUGACACUGCAAUGUGGACCUUCUCUACUCUUGUUCCCAUUCUUCGGGAAAUUCAGACAAGGAGAAACGAAGAUGGGAGUCGAACAGGGGCCAACUGACAGACUUGUAUCGUCGGUCGGUCUGGCAGAGCCUUCUUUUCCGGAUAGCAGUAAUAUUACUGCCCCUUUACUCGCAUCAUCCAGUGAAACCCAAAUUGAGGAUUCCAACGGUGUGCUUAGCUUGGCCUUGGCAGGCGAGAUUAGCGAGUCUGCAGAUGAUGGCAUUGAUUCCGGUGAGAAGCGUCUCAAGGAACUCGGCUACAAGCAGGAGCUCCGAAGAGAAAUGACAUUGUUCAAGACCAUUGCAAUUUCGUUUUCAACAGUGACACUAUUCACAGGGAUAACGCCACUCUAUGGGUCGAGUCUUUUGUGUGCUGGGCCUGCACCUCUUGUUUGGGGAUGGGUCAUCGUUGCAUUUUUUACUGCUUUCGUUGCAGUUGCCAUGGCAGAGAUCUGUUCUUCAUUUCCUCGAUGGACUUGAUAAGACUGACACAUCAAGUCAGCUUGGACUUGGCAAAGGACUUGG